UCAGGGCGCCGGCGUGCGCUAAGAUGGCGGCGCCCAGAACUGCCUGGUGAGGUAGAUUCAGCAGAGAGCGGCUUGCCCAGGUCUGCGUACCCACCCCGCCUGCUUUGUGCCUAAACAGGAAUUCGUUCCUGGCCUCCGACAUCCAAGCUCAACAACUCUCUCUUUCGCGCUGGCACAAGGAGAUAGGAACUGCACAGAGAUGCAAGCGAGCUUUCGACGGAGAGAGAGCAGCUGACUUUAGGAAGAUCCCACCCGAACGGCUGCCACGGCUCUUCAGUGGCAGGACGCAGCUGGCACCAUGCUGAACAAACCGGUUCUGGUGGAGUCCCUCAUCGUGUUCGCCGUCGUGCUGUGCGUGCACAGCGUGACCUGGGACCGGUUCUCCUGGUGCGCCAUCGCCCUCGCCAUCCAGGCUUUUUACAUCCAGUUCAAAUGGGACCACCUGCUCCACCUGGGCAGCGCCGUCUUCCAGUUCCGGGCGGGAGCCAACAGCGGCCUCGUCCCAGCGUGCAUGGCCGUCCCGCUGUUAGGCAUUGUGAUGAAGGAGAGAUGUAGCGCAGCCGGCAUCGUCUACUUCGAGCGUUUCGGCAUCGUCGUGGCCUCGACCGGCAUGGCAAUCGCCCUCUUCCUCUCGGUGAUCGCCCUUGGCAUCACGAAACCAGUGCCGAAAAACACUUGUGUUCUCUCCGGCAUUGCUGGCAGCCUGAUCAUCUACACCAUGAAGCAUUCCUUGACAGUUUCUGAAGUGAUUGAGGUCCUGGAAGUACUGUUGAUCUUCGUCUACCUCAGCAUGAUCUUGUUGUACCUGUUGCCCCGGUGUUUCUCCCCCGGGGAGGCCCUGCUCAUCCUUACCGGCAUAAGUUUCGUCCUGAACCAACUCAUCAAACGUUCCCUGAAUGUCACCGACAGCAGAGGGGACCCCGUCGACUUCUUCCUCCUGGUGGUCGUGGUUGGGGUCGUACUCCUCGGAAUCUUUUUCACCAUCCUCUUUUUCUUCAUGGAUUCCGGGACCUGGAUCUCAUCCAUGUUCUUCCAUAUGAUGACCGCAGUUCUGGGGCUCGGAGUCGUCAUGCCAUGGCUCUACCGCCUGAUCCGGAAGAAUCCCUUGUUUUGGCUCUACCAGUUCCUCUCUCAAACGCAGACCAGAAUCUACCUCCUCGGCUACUGGACCCUCUUGGCAGCUUCGGCGUGCGGCGUGGUCCUCUACCAAAACACCAAGCGGUUGUCCGGUUCCAAAAAACACCGGGCCUCAACCAUCACCAGAAAAUACUUCCACUUCAUCGUUGUGGCGACCUACGUUCCGGGGCUGAUCUACGAUCGCCAGUUACUCUACGUCGCUGCCGUGGUGUGCCUGGCCGUCUUCAUCCUUCUGGAGUACGUCCGAUACUUUACCAUCAAACCUUUCGGCCACACGCUCAGGAACUUGCUCUCUCUCUUUUUGGAUGAACGGGACAGCGGGCCUUUGAUCUUGACUCACAUCUACCUUCUCCUGGGCAUGUCCCUCCCGGUGUGGCUGUUCCCCAGGCCUUGUGCGCCCAAAGGUACUUUGUCCGGGGCAGGCGCUUUGGCUCCUUACGCGGGGAUUCUGUCCGUAGGGGUUGGAGAUGCGGUCGCCGCUAUUUUCGGGAGCACGGUGGGGGAAAUCAAAUGGCCAGGCACCAAGAAAACAUUUGAAGGCACAAUGACUUCCAUAUUUGCGCAGAUCAUUUCCGUGGCUGUGAUUCUGAUCUUCGACGGCGCCGUGGAUCUCAACGCCAGCUACUCCUGGAUCUUGGCAUCCGUCAGCAUGGUUUCCCUUUUGGAGGCCUACACAAGCCAAGUGGACAAUUUACUUCUGCCUGUCUACCUCCAGAUACUGCUGAUGGCGUAAGGAACUUUAGCGGGGCAAAGACUCUCUUUGGUAGUAGAUAGCGACGAGAGUACGUACGUGAUUGGUGUUAUAAAGGCUUGGCUGACUCCGUCUGCUGCAAAGUGAUCCCCAUGGAUGUGAAAUGAAUCGCGAUGUCAACAUUAUUGCUCGUGGAUCAAAUUUAAAACUGAAAUCCAAAUGUG